GGAGGGGGUGGUCGCAUUGUCUGUCGGGACGUUGGCGGUAUGUGAAUUUCUGCCGUCUGUCAGAAACGCUCGCUGAUCUCCCGGUUUGUGUUUUUAUCAUUGAAGCUUAUGAGGUUAUGAAGUGAACCAAUACUAAAUAUAGAUUAGUUUAGGUGCUAGCAUAGCUCCAAUCGUUUCGUUCGAGUAGAUAGGACAAACCAACCCUAACUAGCUAGAUCAAGUGCUUGUUGCAUUCAGCCGGUGCGUGCGAGGAGUGGCGGAGCGGGUGAGGAGGUGCACGGCGCUUGGUCGCGGAUCGGGUAGAGAGUAGAGUGGCGGGCCGGUGAAGAGCGAAAGGCGGCCGAUGACUUCGGAGAGUAGUAGUCAACCGCAACAGAAGGAGGAGGUCGAGCUGGGAUCAGCCGUACGAGAUCCAAAGAAAACCGGCGAGGACCAAGGCGGCAUGGUGACCACCAAGGGGGCCGGUCUGAAUCCCAAUGCUAAAGUGUGGCAGGAAGUAUCUGCACCUAGCACCCAGGCUCCAGAAGCGGUCACAGAGACUUGCCAAUGGCCACAAGUGGAUGCUAACUCUGAGGACUUGGAGGGUUUUAAGGAGUUUGGCGUCGGCUAUGGUGACUUAGAUUCGGCCUCUCCUUUAGAGAGCAACAUGUUGAACGGCAUUGAGUCUGCAGAACUGGAUUACCCACUCUAUGAACCAGUUGAAGGUGAGGCGAUUGAGGAGCAGCCGUUGACUGAGGAGAACCUGAAGGAGUUGCUUAGGAAACAGCUGGAGUUCUGCUUCUCCAGGGAGAAUCUUUCUAAGGACCUCUAUCUAAUGUCUCAGAUGGACAGUGAUCAGUUUGUCCCUAUCUGGACCAUUGCAAGCAUGGAGGGGAUCAAACUGUUGACUACUGAUAUGGACCUGAUAACUGAAGUGCUUCGAGCUUCUCCCAUGGUGCAGGUGGAUGAGAAGGGCGAGAAGGUACGGCCCAACCACAAACGAUGUAUUAUCAUUCUCAGAGAAGUACCCGAGACUACGCCUGUUAAGGAGGUGGAGGACCUUUUUAAAAGUGAAAAGUGUCCACCAGUUAUCAGUGUGGAGUUUGCACACAAUAACAACUGGUAUAUCACAUUCCAGUCUGACACUGAUGCACAACAGGCUCACCGGUAUUUACGCGAGGAAGUCAAAACAUUUCAGGGCAAGCCUAUUAUGGCACGCAUCAAGGCCAUCAACACGUUCUUUGCCAAGAACCCUUAUGGGGCCGUUGAUUCGGGGGCGUACUCGACUGCUCCAUCCCAAUACUCCUCUCCAGUGUACCUGCAGCAGGUGUACCAGCCCCCUCAGCAGUACCCCCUCUACAGUCUGCUGCCUCAGACCUGGUCCCCCUCACCAACCCCUUACUUUGAAACCCCUCUGGCUCCAUUUCCCAACAGCACAUUUGUAAAUGGGUUUGGCACAGCAGGAACCUACAAAAAUGGCUCGUCUCCAAUCAGUCUUACACGCAGCUACCCCCGCAACCGACUUCCGCUCUAUUCCAGAAAGAAUGUAAUCAAUGCCUUCAGGAACUACGUGAAGCCACAGUCUCGUGCUGACACAGAGUCCUUAUCCGGUGCCGGCAGCCCUCAGCCCCCAUGCACACCCAACUCUGACACCACUGCUUCCACACUCACACCCUUCUCCGAACCUCCGACUUCCCCAAGGGAGAACCACCACUCAGACCUCAGCGGCCGUGCAAGGAGAGGAAGCUAUCGUGGCAUGAGGAGGAGAAGAGAAGAUGAGCGAGUGAGGCAACCUUCUGAAAUGGAGGUGAAAGCUCCGCCCCCAAAGUUUGACCUUGCAGCCACUAACUUCCCACCAUUGCCAGGGGGUGUGCCAAACCAUUUACCAGGUGUUGCCUUGCAAGCAGAAUCCGUGUUGGAAAAUUGCAUGGCAGAUGUAGUUAAGGGCAUCAAUCGGGACAAGUCGGAUGCAAAUAAGCCAGAUGUUAGUCAAGACUCUGUGACAUGUCAAGUGGAUACGCAGUUAACUGCGCAGCCGCCUACACCACCUUCUCGAGCACCAAAACUCCCCGUCACAAAACCGGACACACCUGCCACAAGUGUGUCACAUCAAGUGAAGAUACAAGAGAAAGAGGUUCAGAAGAAGUCUGAUACGCCUCCUAACACUGCAUCUAACGCCACAAGCCCCAUCCAUCCUGUUCCCACCCCCAAACCUUCACACAGUCAAGCAACUUCAAACACAGUAUCUGCCCCAGUCGUACCCAUAAGCACAACUGCACAGGAGCCUCGGAAGCUGAGCUAUGCGGAGGUUUGUCAGAGGCCACCCAAAGAUCCUCCCCCUGUGCCUGUAGCCCCACCCAGCCCCACCCCUUCUCCAACCGCUAAUCAACCUCUACGUGAGCUCCGUGUCAACAAAGCAGAAGGUCCGGCCUCGUCCCGCUCCAACCCCAGCGAGAGGUUAGAGAAAGGAAGCGAAGGUCGGACAUCCAGAGAGCAGAACGGCUAUCAGCGUGGUAACGGACCCAGAGGGUCAGGUUUUAAGCUCAGAGAGCAACAAAGGCGACCCCCUCAAGGUCGGCGCACUUCUCCUCAGUCGGGAUACAACCGACGCAGCGGAAAAGAACAAAACAUCCCACCCAGAUCGCCAAAGUAAUGCCUCACAACACAUGCACAAUUGUGUAUAUUCGUAUACACGCAUAAAUACAUAGCAAGAGUAUAUAAAUCUAUAUAUAAAUCUACAUUUAAGUACUAGACUGUCUCACUGUGGUGUUGAAGAACCCUCUUCCCCCCCAAAUGACCAUGACGUCUGGGAACUCGAUCCUUUAAAAUACGAGAAAACUAUGAAAUUAAGGAAGAUGACAGACCUCUUACUUGAAAGAAGAAACUGAGGCCAUGCUUCCUGCGUUGUCCGAUUGAUCGGCUUGUGAAUGAGUUUUAAUUUUACUUUGUGUUUAAGGUCCUGGCACUAGUCUACAGUCCUGUACAUUUUUGUCUAGAAAUGAAAAUGUGUCAUCCAUAUGAAACAACUCACACAAAGACAGCAUGGCACUGCUCUUCACCAGUCUAUACGUCGCACCUGUGCGUUAAUAUAUGUGUGUGUACGUUCGUAUUAUGUCCUGCAUUUAUGCCUAAGAUAGGGCUUGGGGAAAUCUUGUAUGGAGAUCCUUUGCCAUGCUUUUGAUGUGCAUAUUUAUAUUUUACAAAUUGCUACUGAUUUGAUUUGUGGGAGGUAAUACAUGUGGGGAACCCGUACUCAUAUCUGUCAAGAAGUACAUUUAUAGUAUAGUGGUGAUGUGACUUUAAAAAAACUGGUGGGACAAUGACUGACCCUUGCUCAGUGGUUAUCUAUUUAAAAGGAUAUCAAAGGAAUAUUGUGUCCAAUCAUGCUCACAAAUUGACAUAAAGCACAAACCCAAGCAAGCACUUCCGCUACAGUCCAAAUUUUUUUGAACUUGUGAAAAAGUCGGGUGAAUUUGUGGGCCACUUAUUCCUCAGAAUUGGUUUUAAGGUUUUUUUGAUGGAUUCAUCAAUGACAGUGUGUUACAGUAUGAUCAAUGACUGCUUAUUUGUCACUUUGAACAAAUUUGUUUCUGAAAAUCUCUCUUAACUGGGCUUAGUCCUUGUAAUUUGUUACCCAUUGCAAAUCGUGUCAGAAAUGGCUCCUUAUACCCUUAUAAUAGUGCACUAUUUGAGUAGACGGCCGUUUUGUAGUGGUGUCCGAAGUGAUAGUGGACACUAUCGAGUGCACUUAAUCAAUCACACAGCUAGCCGCUACCCCUUUACUGUGAGGCACGUGCCAAAUGAAUUCCCACGUCUCGACACGAUGGCUCCCGCAGCGCUUUCGGCACUUACGGUUCGAAUUAACCCAAUCGUUUUCAUUCACUCAUUCAAGUGUGGACUACAUUAAUGAACUAAUGUAGGGAAUAGUGAAUGAGGAUGGGGGGCUAUUUCAGACCCAAACAAGGUCUCUAUCCGAUUUGUAUUAUGACUCGAUUUAAAUGAUCAAAUUAUCAUUUGUCUUUAAUUUUAACCCCAGUCCAAAACUGUAAGACACGUUGUUGUGUGUAUGAAUUGGUGAUCAGAACAGAAAACAUGAUGAAUGGAUUUAAUAGUACUAGACCUCCAUAUACAGCAGGUCAAAGAAAUGGACAAAAAUCGGUAAUGUAUUUGAGGUGUUUUGAGUUGUGUGUAGUGUUGUGUGUAAGUGUCGUAAGGUGUCAUCUGUGACGGUCCUGUUUAUGAUGGCCGGAUCAUUAAAGGCAGGGUGCAUGAUUUUUAAAAAACACGGGAGUCGGGCUGAGUACCAAAACACACUUGUAGUAAAUCAGUAGUAAGGGGCAUGUCCACUUAACUGAUCGUUGCGUAUAUGUGGGGUGGGUCUAUCAAAAGAAGGUCCAGGUUCUAUUGUGAUCUAGGUGAUUUCAGAGGUCAUGCACCCCACCUUUAACAGAGGAAGAUGAUCAAGCUGUGUUUUUGUGAAAAGAGUGACAUUUUUAAAGCGCCACAGUUUGUCUUCCUUUCCUUUUGAUGUGAAAGUCUUAAGUGACGUAUGUGUUUAAGUCAGGUGUUUGUGUUUAGGUGCUUUUGACCUGAGUUCUCUUUUUUUUUUUUUUUGUUUAGAUGCUAACAAUCAUGUUGAUUUUUUUUUAUGUUCUGAGUUAGUGUGCCGUUUCUUUUGUCUCAAAUUAUUUUGUUUUGUUUAAGCCUGUACAUUUCAGGAUUGAUUACCUGUUUGCAUACAUUGCUCAUAAUUUUAACUUUUAUUCUAUUAUUUUUUUAUAGUUGUGGGAACCUUGGAGGAAAUCUGUGAUUUGUGGCACUGUUAAUUUUGUCCAAAGCUUGAUUGACUUUAUUUUUAAAUUCAGUAGUAACUAUUCUGUUUAGAAGCCUGAAGUUUUACAUAAUGAAAUGUAUAUUCAAAUGUUUAUUGAAUCAUUGACACCUUUUCGUUCAGUGUUCUCUCUCUUGUCAUUCACAUGUAUGGAUAGGUUGUCCACAGAUCCAGACCAAAGUCAAAUCAGCAGAGAGACAAUCUCAGGAAGUGCUGUAAAAGUACAGUAACUCCUUCCUCACUCCUCUCUUUAUUCUGCAGAGCCGCUGUUUAAUGCAUGAGUGGUUAUAUCAUGGUUUUGAUGACUAGUGAAUUCAAUGUGUGCGUAUGCAUGUGUGUUUUAGUUUUAUGAAACAACUUCAUUUGUUUAGACCUUCAAAAGGUAAUGUCCUAAUGAUUAAUUUCUUGGUUCCCUACUUUUUUUUUUUUUUUGACAGUUUGAAGAUAUAAUUUUAAGGGAAUUAUUAAUGCAACAUUAUUUAUUUUGUUUUAAUGCUGUCCGUUUCUCUGUUAAUCUUUCAUUAGUGUGGCUUCCUUGUCCUAACAUAAGUCUGUUAAUAGUUUGGGAUGUUAUUUCAGAUUUCUAUUUUCUAUAUUUGGCAAUAUUGUCUUGGGGCGCAAAUUGUGUAGAGACUGUGCCACUAAAAUUAGAGAAAUCAGUGGACCUGGUUUUAUUUUUUGUAUUUUAUCUGAAUUAAUGGAUUUGAUUCAUUACUGGCUGUUGAAAUGUAUUCUGUUUUGUUGCUAAUCCUAUAUCACUUGUAGGCUGUAAGCUUUUUAAAACUUGAAAUGGUGCGGUUAUAAGUAGCAGGACUUUAGCCCAAAAAAAAUAAAGUAUUCAGUUUGUUUAAUCCUAUAGGGAUGGUAGGCUCUGUCCCAGGAGAAUAAGUAUAUAGCAUCUGCUGAGUGAAGUGUUUGUAGCAUAGUAGAUGUUUAAUGAAAAAAUUCUAAAGGAAAUGGAGGAAAAUAUAAAAAUGUUUUAAAUCUA